AUGUCUACCACCACCACCUCCCUCAGCGCAACCACCACGGCCUGCGGCGGCGCCGUCUGGCAAAUCCCCACCACCGAUGCCGCCUGCGCGGCCAUCGCCGGCGGCAAUAUGACCGAUGUGAUGGACACCUGCUGCAAAGAUGCCAAAGUCACCAAAUACGACAACGACUGCGGCAUGUACUGUCUCGCCCAGGGCCAAGAUAUCGACAAGCUCCAGUCCUGCCUCACCAGCAAGAGCGGCAGAUUCCACGACGUCUUCUGUAAUGCGGCUCUCAACGCGACUGCGACUGCCACCUCCACCGGCUCCAAGUCCACCACCACAGGCACGAGCACCAGCACUGGCACUGCUACCUCGACCUCCACAGACAACGCUGCUAUCGCCAACCAGCCAAUCUCCAAGUCUGGUCUUGGCCUGGUUGCCCUGCUCUUCAGCUCUGCUUUCAUGGCGACACUGGCCUAA